AGUGAUUGCACUAAGCAGUAGAUAAUCGAACCGAUCACACCAACAAGUGCGCGCGCAUUAGGUCCCACCAGAAUUCUCCCAAAAAGUGUGUCUCAAAGAACUUCCUUCCUUCCGCAAAGAAAUGGCAGCCUUCAUCGAAAGCAAGCAGAGCGGUGGUGGUUCGAGCAGAAUGUAAGUAUCCGUGUACGAGAAAGUGGCAAAGCGAGGGCUUCGGUCUAUCUGUUAAUAACCAAUAACAACGAAGAGAAGCAGUUGGGGCAUGGAGAGUUGUGAAUGUGUCCACCAACCCAAAAGUGUCAAGUGAACAUGUUUUGAUUGAAAUGGUUGGGGGCGCUGGCGGUUGUUGUAAUUACUGUCCAGAAAAGGGUGUCUUUCGAAUCAAGGUUUCGAAUGGAGUGUCCAUUAAAGUGCCAACAGGAGGCCAAGGGCUUGCAAAAACACACACACACACACACACACACACACACACAGUAGUGUGCAGUCCGCCAACUGUGAACUAGCACUGCAUGGUGUGUUAUCAAUCAUCCCUUGCAACCAAGCGGCCCGUUAGUGUCCCCCGACUGGCAACGACUGUCGAGAGCGCGAGUGAUCGUGUGGUGCUUCGGCUUCGAAUUGCAGCGCGCCCUGUUUCGAUGGGCAAUCAUCAUCAUCGUCCACGGCCCAAUCAUGGUCAUUUGUCGCGCUCGUCCGUUGCUAGGUGUGUACUACUGGCGUGCGGCGUGGUUGCGAAGUGUGCCAUUACACACCACCACACAGCAUUACGGGCGUCCAGCGACCAGCGCGGGGAAGAUGCCGUUUGCACUCAAUUGGUGCCUUGCGGAUAUUGCUUCCUGGAAUGUGGAUACUUUCCACUGCUGUCCGCCCUCUCCCGUUGUUUGCCGUUAAGUGUGACUGUGUGAUUGUGUGUGUGUGUGGUGAUCUUCCGUGAGGCAAAACAGUAAACAGAGCGUUGUAAACAAAACCAUUCCCAGCACCACUUCUUCUUCGAUCGCGGCCAUUAUCGCGGCGGUUUGUUUUGGCUCUGGAACAGUCUGGACAUUCCUCUGCCUGGGGUGGAAAAUGGCGUACUGUCGCCCGGGGGGGCGAGGGGGGAAAGGACAUGUUUUGACAUGCACGGGAUUAUGCGUUAUCAGUUUUUGGGUGCCCAAAAACGUGCCGCAAAAGAAAGGGUUCUAGACGGGUGGUACUACAAACCAUCUAGAUGGUUCAACUUUCUUCAAGAGCAUUUCUUCACACGCCUGUAUUUGUUUGAGAAAGAGGGAGAGAAAUAGAUGUAAGCGCUCCAAAGAAAGCUUGAAAAACAGGCCCAUUGAUUGCAUCAUUUUGUUUGCUUGUCCUGAUCAAGCUCGAACGAUCGAGUGUGUUGACGAUCGUGUUUUGAUUUGCAAUCGUGUCAUGUUUUCACAUUUGUGGCAGCAUGAUCACCCCCUGGAUCGUUAGGAUCGAUGUUUACCCGAGAGCAAGUCAUACCACACGAUCGAUCGCUUCUUCGAUAAGGGCCUUUAAAGGGAUCAUUUGAUCAGUCAUAACAUUAUGGAUCGAGCGCCACUUUAAACUCCUUUGCGCUCUAAUUCGCAUAUCCUUUUUGAAAGCGAUAUUCCUAACAAGUAACCACAAUUUCCUUAACCUUGACCCCUUUCCUGCACUGACUUGUGCAAGUACGGGUGAAGAGCAAGAGGAGAGCAUCCGGUCCGGUCAGGCGCGUCCUUAUCAAUGUGGGCUGCUCCCAUGUUAAAAGUGUGUUGCUCGCGUGACGUCUGCAUCCUUCUUCACAACAACAAAAACAAGCGUGUUGUUUUUGCUGCUGCUGCUGCUCGCUACUAGGCUCUUUAACCAGGAAAUUGUGCUAAUCUUGUUGUUCUAGGAGCAAAAAAACACUCAAACACAAACACACUCGAAGACACACACUGGUAGUGCGAGGAAAACAACCUAAUUGUUGGCAUUUUAACAAAAGAUUCACUUAAAGUUGAUGCUUUGCGGUCGUUUCCGCGUGCCGGUGUGUGUGUUAUUGUAGCAAAAAUAAGGAAACAGAAAAGGCAACCAGCGAGACAAAGGAAUCACGCCGUAGAGCUAGGAAUGGGUGGCAUUCUCCAACCAACCCGGCUCCGGCCGGCUGCGACAGCAAAACAAAGUGUAUUAAAAUUCGCAACUAUUAAAUCGCGCGUUUUAUACACACACAUAUACACACACACCUGAUGGUGGUGAAUGGAUUCCUUAAGCGUAGAAACUCGUUCAACCAGAGAGCCCGGGCUUAAACGCAGACAAGCCUCCAGUUCGUGCCACAUUUCCUGCCAAGCGCGUGCCACUGGCGAGCAAACAAAAAAAAAAAACAGACAGAAAUCAAUGUCCAUCCUUCGCUCCUAUGCCGCCUCAACUGUACCGUAAAUGGUGCGUACGUAUCGUCAUCAAUCGUAAACAUGGAACAUGGCCCACACCCCCUAAAAGCUACCUGUUGUUGUUGAUUUUGUGCUGCAGUCCAUCUAAAGUGCAGCAGCUGCAUGCACCACCUCGCGGUUGUUCCCCAGAUGAUUGGGAGAAACAACAACAUCCACUGCGCACCACACCAUUACUUAAGAAAAGAGCGUCAUCGUCUUUUCAUAAUUACCAACCCCCCCGGCGCGUGUCGUGUCUUUCCCUUUUGCACCGUCUUUCCGGCCUGACGAACGAACCGAGCCUUUCUACCGUUGCAAUCAGGCGCAAACAUCUCUCUCGCUCUUUUUGCUCUCUCUCUUUCUCUCUCUCUCUCAAAUACACCAUCCCCUCUACCACCUCGCGUUACGGCACCCCAUCAUCAUCAUCAUCACCAUCACCGGGGGCCUAAGGUUUUAUGCUAUCGCUCGCCGCUGCGUACCGUCACUCACGAUCGAGGUGCGACAGUGUACGGUUCAAGUAACAGGAAGCACGCGAACACAUCACAACACCCCCGGUUAAUACGACACCACACACACACUCACUACCCGUCUUCGUACUGUGGCGGAAGUCCUUUUCGGUUUUUGGCGUGUUUGAAAGUUGUUCAGCGGUGGCACGUGCGCGUCGGUGCUUUUCAAGGGUGCUGCGAAUUAGCGAAGCGAAGUUCGAGCUCAAAUUCUUCAAAAACAUCACGGACGCUAUUACACGGGGAAAAGUGAUUUAAUUUGCCGCUAAGUGCCACAUAAACUCGGUUGGAAAGAUGAGCAAAUUUAGCUACCUUCAAAACGGCAAAGCAUCGACGAACGGUGUGCCACACGCGAACGGGCACCAUCAGCAGCACCAAAACGGUCAUUCGAAUGGGGUGGCCCGGAAUGGUGGUACUGCCACGGACACGCUGCCGGUAGCUUACCAGCAGAAGGCGGCCACGAGCGGCCCGUUCCAUAUGCCCCGCACCGAGCACGUUGGGUACACGUACGACACGCUGCAGGAAAUUGCCACCUAUCUCCUGGAGCGCACCGAGCUACGCCCGAAGGUUGGCAUCAUCUGCGGGUCCGGCCUGGGCACGCUGGCCGAGCAGCUGACCGAUGUGGACAGCUUCGACUACGAGACGAUCCCGCACUUUCCCGUCUCGACCGUGGCCGGCCAUGUCGGACGGCUGGUGUUCGGGUACCUUGCUGGCGUGCCGGUCAUGUGCAUGCAGGGCCGCUUCCACCACUACGAGGGCUAUCCGCUGGCAAAGUGCGCAAUGCCGGUGCGUGUGAUGCACCUGAUCGGCUGUACGCACCUGAUCGCUACGAAUGCGGCCGGCGGCGCCAACCCCAAGUACCGGGUCGGCGACAUCAUGCUGAUCAAGGAUCACAUCAAUCUGAUGGGCUUUGCCGGGAACAAUCCGCUCCAGGGGCCGAACGAUGAGCGGUUCGGGCCGCGGUUCUUCGGCAUGGCCAACACGUACGAUCCGAAGCUGAACCAGCAGGCGAAGGUGAUCGCGCGCCAGAUCGGCAUCGAGAACGAGCUGCGCGAGGGCGUCUACACCUGUCUCGGCGGGCCGAACUUCGAGACGGUGGCCGAGGUGAAGAUGCUGUCGAUGCUCGGCGUGGACGCGAUCGGCAUGUCGACCGUGCACGAGAUCAUUACGGCCCGGCACUGCGGCAUGACCUGCUUCGCCUUCAGCCUGAUCACCAACAUGUGCACGAUGAGCUACGAGGAGGAGGAGGAACACUGCCACGACAGUAUCGUCGGUGUGGGCAAGAACCGGGAGAAGACGCUCGGCGAGUUUGUCAGCCGCAUCGUCAAGCAUAUCCACUACGAGGCGAAGAAGUAGGGUGGGGAGAAGCAAAUUUUGAUAGAAAGUUGAGGAAACACACAAAACAGACAACCGAGUGACCGUUCUUAGCCGUGUGAGAGCGUGUGGUAAGGGUUGAUCCCUUAUCUCAGACCAAGCGUUCGAUGCGUCACUUUUAAUUAGGUAAAAUCGACUAUUUAGCUAGACAUUAGGUAAGCGUUAAGCGUAAUUGUAACCAUGUAGUAUAGAUAGGUAUGAUUUUUGUUAACAAUCUUAUAAGUGCUUUUUAGAGUGAUUUAAACGACACAGCAAAUCCUUUUACAUUCGCGUGUGAAUUGCAACAACAAAACACAUUCCUUUUAUGUAAAAAAAAGCAACCAAAAAAUCUGUGAAAAAUGCUUAAAAUAAAACAAUUUUAAUUAAAAUCCAA